GGUGAGUGAUUGAUGAUCUGUACUCGCUUGAUGCUUUUCACACUUGCAUGGGGGAGCGUUGAGAGCACUAAUUUCCAACACUGGCAAUGUCUCACUGUGAACAGCAGUAAUAUAAAUGGUAUAAAGCAUCUAACUGGAUGACUUCACAGAAAGCACCAUGUAGAAGCACUGCUUAAUCCAACAAUGUAAGUUUCAUUUUCUGACUGAGAGAUUUAGUUAGAGCUAUCCUAAAAAGCAUAUUAAAUAACAGUAAGUAGUGCAUUGAAGUACAUAAUUGCAUUAAAUAGUUUAGUAUAGACGUUGUUGACAUUAUAGGUGCAGAAUAGCAGGGGAGGAAUGGUAGUGACCUUCAUCUUGCUGAACAAAACAAAGCUUGUGAGGGGUGAUGUGGAGGUUAUAGUGUAUCCUGAGAAAGGACUAAUGGAUGCAUUGAAUGCCCUAAAGAAUUCUGUACAGUCUGGACAAUUCAAAGUGGAAUUUCAACAAGAAAAAAUCUAUGCUACCAAGUCUUCAUUCUAUGUUGGGUUUUGGCCAUCCUCUCCUCCGCACUCUGGGUCUCCACUAACCACUGCUAAACCAUCAAGCCAAGGAGGCAGUAAAAUGAAAACAAAGGGUGUCUCCAGUGGUGCGGCAGCAGGAAUUUCCUUCCUCAUGCUUGCAGUUGGAAUCUGUGGAGGCCUGCUUAUUGCGCAUGUGAUCAUGAAGCGAAGGGGAACCAGCUUGUUUCAGUAUCAGAGACAGGAGUAGCUAUGUGUAUUUCAUUGCUACUGUUCCACGGGGGCUUAUUUCAGGACCUGGGACCUAAUAAUGCCAUAUAACAUGAAAUUUUAGUAACAACUUUAAAAUUUCAUUUUGUGGAACUUAGUUUUCCUGAACUUACUGUAGCCAGUUUGUGAAACACUUUUUCAAGUAAGUACAUGUAGCUAGACUUUUUCUAUGACUUCAAAAACAUUUCCACAUAUUAAAAAAAGAAUAAUGCAAAAAUUUGAGGUUAUGAGGUUGUAAGUAAUCUAUGUAAACCAGCACAAGAGUUAAAACGUUCAUGACUAUUCCAAUCACUCCUGCCCAGAUAGGAAUAAGCCUAACUUUGCAGCUAAAGCAAUUGCAUGUACUAGACAGGCAUAAGGAUGGCACAUUUGUUAAAAAGAAAUGUUUGAUAAUCCUAGUGUCUUCUAAGACAUUAUUUAUAUGUUAUCAUAAACAAGGGUUUCAUUGAGGUUUUGAUCAUGAGCGCAACUAGUUUUAACAGACCGGCAAAACAAAAACUAUCUGAACAGAACAUUAGAAGAAAAAUGUUCCUCUAGAUGGUCAAGCCAGCUGGGCAAAAUCGUCCUAGCAGCCGGUCAAUCUGCCCAGUGCCGGGACCUUAAUGAAAACCUUGUGAUCAUAAAUUUGAAUUAUUUAUAACUGCACACUCAGUAAAGGAUACAUAACAAAGUUAUUUGAUGAGCUGUCUCCAUGUAGAAAGUGGGGCCAACCCUUUUGAAGGCUUAUAUAGUGCAAGUAUUGACACCUUACAGUAUUUCAAGAAACCUUUUACAAGGGAGGGUGACUUAGUGUUGGCCUUUUUAUGGAUCUGAUGAUCAUUAAUUGACUAGAAACUGUGCAGUAUUUACUCACUCCAUGCAUCUUACAAGUGUUAGUAGGGUGUUCCAUAAUGGGGCACAUAAAAGUUACUCACCAGAAGCUUUGUUCAGUCAAGAGAUUCAUAGAGACUAGCAUGCUUACAUGCAUUGCUGAUGAUAAGAUAAAAAUUCUCCCAACUCAUUUUUAUAUAUUUGUUACUUCCAGUUGGGAGAAUAUCUUUAAACAUCAGCUUAGACUAUCUCAAUGGUCGAACCAUUUUGUUAAUUCUCCUGACGUUAAUUAGUGUCAUUGUAGUCUGUAUUCACUGUGAUGGCAGGGAAGUAAGAAUACCAGGUAUUACACUAUUUGUGAAUAGUAUUUGAAAAUUCUCUCAAAAUUGCAUGAGCUGUGUGGGUGGGUGCAAUUUGAAAGAAUUUUCAAAUAUCAUGACUAGUAGUGUAAAUCUUUUAAAGCUCUAUUAGUCUUUCAUACAAUUACUCCUGAUUAAGAAAAUUGUGAACACACGCAAUAAUUUGCUCGCAGUGCAAAUUAAAAAUUAAUGAUUAAUUGGCCUGCUGUCAGCCAAUCACAGUGAAGUAGUUUUCACAAUCAUAUGCAUGUGCAUCUAAUUAAAGCUAUGUUGUAAUAAAUAAUAGUAAUAAUACAGGACUUGGUAUUCCAGACCACCGAUUUAAAGAAAGGUUUUCCAAAGCUUAUGUGGCAAUGCUGAAAGGCAAUCUGGGUAAUAGUCAAUUAAUUUUAGUAAACACCCUGAACUUGAAAUGUUUCCAGUUACAUUGAAGAUGUAUGAUGGCAUGCAAUGUGCAUGGCAGAGUUAUUAGGAUGUAGUGUUGAUGAACUGCUGUGAAUCGUAAUCAAGCACAAAUACCUUUAAUAUCCUAGAAAUCCUCUUGCCCAGUGCUUUUCAUUUGGAGCACCGUUUUGGAAACAGCUUCAUGUAUAAUAUUCAGGGUUUUUAAUCAAAGAACAUUUAGUUUUUAAGAUAAAGAUAUUUAAUAUUAUUGUAUUUAUUAUUGCGACUUGAGAUGGAGGUUAGAGGGAGAUAUGGAGAAUUUGUAAACUUGAGUCAAAAGUGAGGGAUUUCAAAAGGGGUGAAAAUUCUGGGUGGUUGAUGUUGUGAACAAACAAGCCCAUAUUUAAGGAGCAAUUGUUUUAAAUGUGUUUCAGCUGGUAGCCUUAUUAGUCACAGUAAUAUUCUUAUUUAGAUAUAUUUAAUCCAUGCAUAUGCAAUAUGCAUAUUUAAUCCAUAAAAUACUUUUUCAUUUGAACCUUUUCCAUUAUGUACAGUAAUUAAAAGUUGACCUAAGAGUCCAAAUGUUCUACAUGGUCUUGGCUGUUUCUUGGUUAUUUCUGAUGUUCUGCCGGUUAACGGGAAACAUUGAAGACUUAACUUAAUUA